AUGUUUUAUAGAGAUUAUGGUAGACGUGUUGGUUUUGAGGUGAUAAUUAGAACCACACAUAGGCGUGUGAAAAGUAGGAAAAUUUGUUCGCGUUUAUAUAUAUGUCGAAAGGGUGGUCGAUUAGUACCCAAGUCGUUGGAUGAAGGUACGGAUGUUCAUAAAAGAAGGAGAAAUUGGGAUUCGAUUUGUAGAACGCAUUUCUUGGCGGGGAAGUACGUUGUUCAUAGGGAAAAAUUGAAGAAAUGGGAAGUGACAUUGGUUAAUUUAAAACACAAUCCCACAAUGAUUUCAAAGGAUGAAGUGCUUUUCAUGCAAAGGCCAAGGAAUAUAAUUCCCGUUAUUCGGCAGUUAAAUAUAACAUUGAUUAAAUCGGGUAUUGGGCCUUCAAACACUUUAAACAUGUUAGGAGAGUUACCGGGUGCCUGGGAGAAUAUUGGAUUUAGUAAUGAAGAUGUUCGGAAUGUAUUGCGUGAUAUUCGACAUUAUGUGUUUGAUUCGAGUAAUGCUUUAGAGGGAUUGGCAUUACUUGGAGAAUUGAAACGUAAUAGUCAAGGUGAAUUUUUCUAUAAAGUUGACGUGGACGAGGAAAAUCGUGUGCGGGCCAUGCUGUGGGUUGACCCGAGAUCAGUCAAUGCCUACAAAACUAUUGGAGAUGUUGUUUUUGACUCCACUUAUCGUACUAAUAGGUGGCAUAUAAGAACAAAGUUUGGUGAAAUAUUGUCUCAUUUAUAUGCAAAUCAUGAUCACUUCAAAGAAGAUUUCAACUCUUGCAUCUACAAGUCACUAAUGGGUGCACAAUUCGAAGAUAGGUGGGAGGCAUUAGGUUAA